GAAGCAGAGCUCUGACACAGUGGUGAUUACAAAACGUUUCUUGACACUGUCGGGACUCCACUGUGGCUGGGGGAGCUGGUGUGCAUGGCACAGGGGAGCCAAGGUGAACAGCCAAGGAGAAACCAGAGACAUUCAAGGGACUGGGGAACGUUCUUCAUUGUACGAGUGGCCUGAGGGGAUCUGCUUCAGGAUACGGCUCCAAAGGGCGCAUGAGAUGCUGAGACUGACACCAGUCUGCCCAAGCAUGGAUGGAAAGGCAGCCCUACGCAGCAGCUUCAUAAAACUUACACCGGGACCACCUCAUGCCAUGGAACCCAGCCACGCCACCCCAUCCCCUGCAUUGCCGACGGCUGCUGGAGAGAACACGUGUGAGAUGGAUGUCUUUGAUGCAGCUGUGGAUGGGGCCACGCUGCUCAUCAGCCUGUGUGGCCUGGUGGGUAACGGGGCCGUCUUCUGGUUGCUCAGCUGCCGCAUCCGCAGGAACCCCGUCACCGUCUAUGUCCUCAACCUGGCCAUGGCCGACUUCACCUUCCUGCUCUUCAUGCUCACCUACACCCUCCUCAACCUCCUGAAAGACCUCUCCUGCUCCACGCUGCCCAUCUUAGUGAAGCACCUCGUAUCACUCCUCCUGCUCUCGCUACUUGCCCACAACAUGGGCAUGUAUCUGCUGGCGGCCAUCAGCAUCGAGAGGUGUGUGUCUGCCUUCUGCUCCGGCAGGACCCACUGCCACCGUCCCCAGCACCUGUCAGCCGUGGCGUGUGCCCUGCUCUGGGUCCUCUCCAUCACUGUCAUUGCUGUGGUGACAUCCCUGUGCCUGUCCCACCAGCAAGAGCAGUGCCGCCUGGCACUCAUCGCCAUGUACAUCCUCAACUUCCUCCUUUUUGCCCCAUCCAUGGUCAUUUCCAACAUGAUCCUGCUCAUUAAGGUGCUGUGCAGCACCAGGCAGCGCCAGCACAGGAGGCUCUGCAUCGUCAUAUUUCUCACAGUCCUCUUCUUCCUCCUCUUUGGAGUUCCCCUCAGCGUGUGGAAUUUCAUGCAGCAUUUCAGCUCAGACCCACUUGGGCAUCACCAGGUGGUUUUCCUGCUCGCCUGCAUCAACAGCAGCAUCAACCCCUUCAUCUAUGUGUUGGUGGGUAGCGGCAGGAGGCACUGCUCUUUGGCAUCCCUCCAGAUUGCCUUCCAGAGGGUCUUUGAGGAGCUGGGUGAUGAUGGUGUGGGCAGCAACAACUCCAUGAUGCGCACGCUGAGCUCAGCCCCUUGAAGCCUUUCCACUGCUUUACA